AUGGCGUCGGGGGCUUCGGAAGUGGCCAGCCUGGGGCUGGAGAGCCCAGGAGGGAGAGACAGCCAGGGGGCUGCCAGCCUGCAGAACCCCCAGUCCAGCAUCCCCAACCCUGGCAGGGACAGCCACGUGGUGGUGGGCUCUCCGUGGCGGGGGCGGGGGCGGCCGCCUCGCCCGCAGCCCCCACCGCCUGCCCCGCCUGCCCUACCUGCGCGCAGCGCCGCCGGAGCCGGCCGCCCGUCCCGCGCGCCCCGCGACGCCCCCGGCCACGGCGCUCGGCGGGCACUGCGGGCGGCGCGCACGGCGCAGGACGCGGCUUCCCUCCCCUUCGGCCGCCCCGCCCCCGCCCCCGCCCCGCCCCGCCCGCCGGAACACCGAGGGGGUCUCCCCCGCCGGUGGGGUCCGGCCUGUGGGGCCGCGCAGGACUACCGCCCUCGGCUCCAAGACCAACAGGCAGGGGCAUCUGGGGUUAGGAUGGUCCAGGUCAGCCCGGUGGGACCCGGGCAAGUCCCACAAGCCCCCGCCUCGGUUUCCUGCUCUGCACGGGGACCCGCUCAUCGGACCUACCUUGGACGGUGCCGGCGAGGGCCAACUGACAAGGACCAAGUGAUGCUUCUGGGCGGCGGCCACGUCUGCUGCUGUGUGGACUCUCCAGGCUCAGACGUGGUCCUCGUGGUGACCGCAGCCCUGAAUAACGGAGUCCACCGCUCUGUGUGGUAGGCCCGCUGGUGCACGCCUGCUCUCUGUGACGAGCCAGGAUUCUCAGCUUCUUGGGAUGCUGGACAGGGGAAGCAGGGACAGCUUGUCCUCCAGCAGACUGCCACCUUGCAGACACCCAGAGUGGCUCCAGAGAGACCAGACACUGUGCUGAAAUUAGCUCUGCUAACUGGGCUGCUGGUGACACCCAACGUGCUCCCUGUGGCCUAGAAACGGCCGGGCUUCUGACACACGGGUGGAUGGGCACUGUGGGCUGGGCCUCUGCUCUGCAGGAGUAAAGAAAUGGUGUGUGUGUGCGGUGCCCUGAUCCCUUCUGGGUGGGGCGCCAAAGAGGGCUCAGGGAGGAGGGGGAGGAAAGGUUCCCACCAGACAGGGACCCACAGUCUAGUGCCAUCCCUGACACCACUCUGAGCUGUGGGUUCUCCCCUGGUGGAGGCCAGAGCUGGGGUGUCUGUCACUGGCUCAUGAACCUUGGGGCAUGCUGGCGACCAGGGCCGCCCGGGCUGCCGUCGGCGCCGUGUGAGGACACGGGCCCACUCAGCUGCUGCUGAGACCGGCCUCUCAGAGAGCAAGACCCAGCCUGGGGCAGACGGCCAGCCUGCGCACAGGCACAGUGAGGCCCGAGGUGACACCGGCUCUGCUUCAGACUGCUCAGGGGAGGGAGUCAGCCCCCCUAACCCUCCCAGGGCCACCGCCUCAUCUGGAGGUGGUGAAACCGGAGGACACGCGCUCAGUGCUGAGGCCCCGGGGCUGGCGGGGGCAGGGGCGUCAGCACGCCAUGGGAGGCUUACGACGGGCCCGGUGACCGUGGCCCUGACAGCCUCACAGGAACGUGCACACUUGUUUCUGCCCCUGCCGUGACUGGCAGAGCC